CAGUUAGUGUAUUCGAAUUGAUCAUGUAAAUCAGAAAACUGUAUUAAAAAAAAUACAGAAAGUCCUGCAGGCGGAACAUUUAUGCACAUUCGUUUGUUUCCUUGUUGCUUCAGGAUCAGUUUUGCAGAACCCUCAUUGCUUCUUGUACAGUUUUUGGUACUGGAUGAGUAACGUCUCAGUUGAACCCAGGUGCUUCUCUCUCUCUUCAGUUCAUAAAGAAUCUGGUUGCUAAUAGAAUCAGGGAACUAAAAUGGAUGAAGAACCCGAACGAGCCAAACGCUGGGAAGGAGGCUAUGAGAGGACCUGGGAAAUCCUUAAAGAAGAUGAAUCCGGAUCCCUCAAGGCAACUGUGGAAAAUAUUCUGUUCAAGGCGAAGAGAAAACGAGUGUUUGAGCCCCAUGGACAGGUUAGGCUUGGGAUGAUGCGUCACCUGUAUGUGGUGAUGGAUACUUCAAGGACAAUGGAAGACCAGGACUUGAAGCCCAACAGACUUACAAGCACACUAAAGCUCUUGGAAUAUUUUGUGGAAGAGUAUUUUGAUCAGAACCCAAUCAGCCAGUUGGGAAUCAUUACCACAAAGAACAAAAGGGCAGAAAAGCUGACAGACCUUUCUGGAAACCCAAAGAAGCAUGUAGCUGACUUGAAGAAAGCUAAAGAUACCAUUUGUGCUGGAGAACCGUCCCUCUAUAAUUCACUCAGUCUAGCCGUGCAAACUCUGAGACACAUGCCGGGCCAUGCUAGCAGGGAAGUGCUGGUGAUAUUUAGCAGUCUCACAACCUGUGAUCCAGCCAACGUUUAUGAAUUGAUAAAGAGUCUGAAGGCUCUUAAAAUCCGCGUGUCAGUGAUUGGUCUGUCUGCUGAAGUGCGGGUGUGCACUGUCCUGACUCGGGAGACUGGCGGAACAUACCAUGUCAUUUUAGAUGAAAGCCACUUCAAGGAGCUGCUACAGUAUCACGUCAAGCCCCAUCCUGCCAGCUCCAGCUCGGAGUGCUCCCUCAUUCGAAUGGGUUUUCCUCAGCAUACAAUUGCAUCCACAUGUGAUCAAGACUGCAAACCAUCUUUCAGCAUGGCGCACCUGGACAGCAGUGGCAGUGGGCCAAGCCUGACACUGGGAGGGUAUUACUGCCCUCAGUGCAGAGCUAAAUACACCGAACUGCCCGUGGAGUGUAAAGUCUGCGGUCUUACGUUGGUGUCUGCCCCUCACCUGGCGCGCUCCUUCCAUCACCUUUUCCCGUUAGAGCCUUUCACAGAAACACCUUUACAAGACUACCAAGGACAAAAGUUUUGUCAAGGGUGCCAGGGAGAACUCAAAGACCAGAAUGUGUACAUGUGCACGUCCUGCCAGAGUGUGUUCUGUGUGGAGUGUGAUCUCUUCAUUCACGAAUCCUUACACUGCUGCCCCUCCUGUAUACACAACCAGCCCAGCCCUCCAGGCGUCUGAAUCGUCAUUUUUCAGCUGGACCCCGGCAUAAGCCAGUGAAAAUCCCGUUGCCAUGAUGAUACAUCAUCAUCAUAGUAUUAAUUAUGGACAAGUACGUACGCAGGACCAAAGUAAACCCAUAAGCACUGGAGAGAAUGCAAGCCAGCUAGCAAAAAUAGGCAAUGGCUUAUGCUUGUUGUGUUUUUAGGGUCCUCCCUCCAAAAUCUGGACUCUUCUGUACUGUUUGUCUUUCUGUCACUCACUACACGAUACUGCCUUCAUUUAUAAAUGUUUUCCAAACCUUUACCACAGUCUCCCAGCCACCUGAUAGAGACCUUUCAGAUUGUGUUUGGGUAUAAUCCAAUUAAACCGCUGAUUUUAUACCAA